AUGGCCAACAACACGAAGCAACCAGAUUGGCCCAUGGGUCCAUUACUAAGUGAUCGAAUGGCUGUCUUGUGUCUUAAAGCGGAGUAUAUUGGUAAUGAUAAUAUCAAUUUUAUGCACGGUAUUGAAUCUCUCAAUGCACGUUAUGAGGCAAUGCGACGCGUACGAGGGGACGGCAAUUGUUUCUUUCGUGGUUUUAUCUUUGCUCUAUGUGAACGUCUUUUGCCAUCAGUAGCAGGAAAGAAUGAGGAUUGUAAUGCAACAUUACGUCAUCGUAUUCAAUUCAAGAUUCAGCAGAGCAAGAAUGAACUCAUUGCGAUCGGAUAUAGUGACGUUGCCAUUGAUGCCUUUUGGGAAACAUUUGUGGAUUAUUUAGCUGCUAUGGAGACACGGUCUUAUGCUGAGUUAGUACGAGAUUUUCAGACAGAAGGUGGAGAAUCCGAGUAUCUUGUUUGGUAUAUGAGAUUACUGACAGCAGGCUAUAUGAAAAAAAGAGCCGAGCGAUUUCAACCCUUUAUUGACGGAUUAUAUCCAGGACAGACGGUAGCACAGUUCUGUGCUGCAGAGGUGGAGCCAAUGGGUAAGGAAUGUGAUCAACCACAGAUUGCAGCCUUGACAGAAGCUCUACAGGUUGGUGUGCAGAUUGAGUAUCUGGAUGGAAGUGCGGGACCUGGGGAGAAACUUCAAAGCUACGUGUGCUCGCCAACAAUUGAUGUGGCAAAUGAACACGAUGUUGAGAUCAUCACGCUUUUGUAUCGACCGGGGCAUUACGAUAUCUUGUAUCCGAGAGAUUCUGAACAAGACAAGGAGGAUGCUGCACACUAG